UUGUGAGUGAUUCGAGAUACUCACACUCACGCACACCAUUGCAGCCAUGAAUCCGUAUUUUUCAUUCAUGGGUUUUUACAGAUGAAUAUCCUCAUCAAUGGGAAACCUUCUGGGCGUAUUAUUUUUAAGCUUUAUGAUGAUAUUGUUCCUAGAACUGCCCAGAACUUCCGGGAGCUCGCCACAGGACAGCAUGGCUUCGGGUACGCUGGCUCACCGUUCCAUCGCAUUAUCCCGCAAUUCAUGAUUCAAGGCGGCGAUUUUACUCGAUUCGAUGGUACAGGUGGAAAGUCCAUCUUUGGGGAGAAGUUCGCCGAUGAGAACUUCAAGGUGAAGCACACUAAAUCCGGUCUCUUAUCCAUGGCGAAUGCAGGAAAAAACACGAAUGGAUCACAGUUCUUUAUUACCACUGUUCCAGCCUCGUGGCUCGAUGGAAAACACGUCGUCUUUGGGGAGGUCGAUGAAGGAAUGGAAUUAGUAGACAAGAUUGAGAACUUGGGGUCACCUAAGGGCCAACCCAUAGCCAAAGUGGUCGUGGAAUCAAGCGGGGAAGUGUGACUUGUUCACAUGCUUAGUUCUCUCGCUCUGUACAGUAGGUGAGUCUGAUCAACGUCUGAUCUCAUUCACCCCGCCCCUUCGCUGACCCCCUGUCCUGGGGAAUUCGGCCUCUGCAUUUAUCGCUUCUUUCAGUGUGGCCUAGUGUUGGGUGCGAAAAAAUAGCUGUGCCCCAGUCGCUCCUCUCCACUAAGUGUGUCUCUGAAUACCGUAAAAUGACAUUUCAUCUCGUUUUACGUCGGGUCUGUCUUGGAUUAUGA